CGUAGGUCGCAUCCUUUAGACGCCUCACCCUCCAACGAACAACUUCCGACGACCACACUACAACUACAAUUCACAGAGAUCCUAAACAGCCACGUUUAUCACGACACUCACCAGCUCCUCCCGCAUAUUUCGCCUCGCUAUCCCGAACCCUUCGACUGCGCACCGCCUAACAAUAUGUCCAACCUUAUCGACGCCGAUGCAGGCACCGAGCGAUUCGGUGGCUACGAAGCCGAGCUGAAGCUGGUGCAAGCGGACCUGAACCAGCAAAUAGAGCAGAUCAAAGAGAGUACUGGAGAGCCUCGCAAGGCAGCUAUAAGCAAAGCCGAGAGGGCGUUGGAGGAAGCUGAUGAACUGAUCGGCCAAAUGCGCCUCGAAAAGUCCAACAUUCCUGCCAACCUCAAAUCAAAGUACAACACACGCUUCCGCAACUUCGAGCACGACCUCGACACUAGCAAGCGCAAACUAGAGUCUUACGCCAGCGACCGCAGCAAACUCUUCGGCGACCGUUAUUCAGACAAUCCAGAGGGCGGCGAUGCGCAGCUCGAGCAGCGGCAGCAGCUGCUAAGCGGCACAGAUCGGUUGCAGCGGUCGUCUGGCAGGCUCACGGCUGCGCAGCGUAUGGCGCUUGAGACUGAGCAGAUUGGUGCGAGCACACUCGGCGACUUGCACCGGCAGCGCGAGCAGAUCAUGCAUACGCAAGUCACGUUGCAGGAGAGUGAGAGUUACACUGAUCGGAGUAUUAAGACCCUUAAGGGCAUGGCUAGAAGAAUGGCGACGAACCGGCUCAUCACUAUUGCCAUCAUAACGGUGUUGGUGUUGCUCAUCAUCGCAGUCAUCUUCAGCAAGUUCAGAUAA